AUGGUUAUCACACGUUCCCAAAAGCGCAAGACUGAAGACUCUGAACCUGAAACCCAAGCUCAUAUCUUCCCUACCCGCGGCACUAAGAAUGUUCUCGUCAAGGGCGACAAGCGCGUCAAGGCAGCCCGCGACGAUGACGACCAACUCACCCUCCCAGCACCACAAGCCACAGCGUAUCGCAACCACAAGGUCAAGAAAAUCAUUCUUCACAACAAGAAGUCAAAGAAUCAAUCCAUUUACCCCGUGGUGAUUACCUUUCGUGGUUCCCAGCGUGAAGAGCCUGAAAAGGAGCCCAUCAAGUUCACUUUUAGGUGUGCACUUCGCCUAAAGAGUCCCGACACCAAGCAGAACUCUCGAUCCACUUAA